UUUCUCCUAUGAAUGCCAUGUGCAACUCGCCUUUCCCAAAACCCAACCGACACGUCUUUGUAUAGUUUUAUUUCUUCCAUCCUAAGCUUGUCCCACCUUAAAUGCAGUCAUCCCCCUAACCCAAUUGCAAGCUAACUAAUCAACCACCAAACCUAGAAGGCCAGACCUGAACAAAGCUAAGAUCAUGUAUUCUUCUCCUCCAAAACAGCCUUCCUCUCUUUACCCACAGGUCGAUCUUUCAAACCCAGACGCCACUUCUUCUUCUCCUUCUUCUUCGUCUUCUUUGUACCCUUCUUUGGACAUGAAAGAUUUAGCCGAAAACCUCUUCCCUGACGACGCCACCGCCUUGCACACCCACCAAGAUUCUGCAGAACAACUCCUCCUCAAGGUUCCUGGUGCCAUCGUUCACCUUAUUGAGCGAGAAACCAGCAUUGAGCUUGCUUGUGGUGACCUCUGUAUUGUUAGUCUCCUUCAAGGCGACAACGUUGUUGCUGUUUUUGCUCGCCUUGGUGACGAUAUUCAAUGGCCUUUGGCUAAAGAUGAGCCUGUUGUAAAACUUGAUGCUUCCCACUAUUUCUUUACUCUUAGAGUGCCAUCGAAUGGGUCGUUUGAAGACGGAAAAGAUUCUAAUCAAACCGAGGAUGUUUUGAACUAUGGUCUGACAAUAGCUGCAAAAGGGCAAGAGGGUUUGUUGAAGGAACUUGAUAGAAUCUUGGAAACUUACAGUUGCUUUUCGGUGCAACAAGUGAAAGGGAUAGAGAACUGGAAUCUUGUGGAUGCGAGAAAUGUGGCGCCCGAAGAGUUGAAUAGAAAGGAAAAAAGGGACUUAAUCGUGGGAAGUUCAAUGGCGUAUUGGACGACUCUGGCGCCCAAUGUUGAAGACUAUAGCGGGUCUAUAGCAAAGGCAAUAGCAUCGGGGUCAGGGUACGUUGUGAAGGGGAUUUUGUGGUGUGGCGAUGUCACUGUUGACAGGUUGAAAUGGGGCAAUGAGUUCUUGAGUAAGAGGAUAAAGUCAGGUUCAACCUCUGAGAUCUCUCCAGAGGCCUUGAGAAGGAUGAAAAGGGUUAAGAAGUUAACAAAGAUGUCAGAGAAAGUGGCCACUGGAAUUCUUUCAGGUGUGGUUAAAGUGUCUGGAUUCUUCACAGGUUCAAUUGUUAACUCCAAAGUUGGCAAGAAAUUUUUCAACCUGAUGCCUGGAGAAAUCGUUCUUGCUUCCUUGGAUGGAUUUAAUAAGGUUUGCGAUGCAGUUGAAGUAGCAGGAAGGAAUGUCAUGUCUACCACAUCUGUGGUGACAACAGGACUUGUUUCACAAAGGUAUGGAGAAAAGGCAGGAAAGGUUACAAAUGAAGGGCUUGAUGCGGCAGGACAUGCAAUUGGGACAGCUUGGGCUGUGUUUAAGAUUAGAAAGGCUCUUAAUCCCAAGAGUGUCUUCAAACCCACAACUCUUGCAAAAGCUGCUGCACAGGCUAAUGCUGCUGAAUUGAAGUCCAAAAAUAACAAGUAAACAGAGUUGCUUUUUAGUUUGAACAGGAAGACAAAAACAGAGAUGCUUGUAGGACUGCAGUUUUCCAAAGGUUGAGAAUUCUCAAGUGGAUUGUAUUUGUACUUUGCAAUUGAUGUGAAUUACUAUGCAUCUUAAGAAA